AUGGGAGAACAGUUCAACAACGGCCUCGACUCGAGGCUGUUCCAGCCCCUGUCAAUUGCCGAUGGCAGAAUCCAGCUAAAGCACCGCGUCAUCCAUGCGCCACUCACACGGAACCGCGGAACGCCCUUGAGUGCCGAGUCAACGGAAGAGAACCCGAACCGUAUUUGGAUUCCCAAUGACAUUGUGGCCAAAUACUAUGAGCAGCGCACCACGGAGGGAGGCUUGCUCAUCUCCGAAGGCCUUCCACCUUCGCUCGAGGGCAAUGGCAUGCCUGGCGUCCCCGGAAUCUUCAUCCCGGAGCAGGCUGAGGGCUGGAAGAAAGUGGUCGAGGCCGUCCACGCAAAAGGUGGAUACAUCUACGCCCAGCUCUGGCAUUCUGGCCGGGCCAACAUCCCGCACCUAACAGGCACUCCCAUUGUGGCGCCAUCGAGCGUCCCCUGGGACGACCCGGAGGAGCGGUAUCCAUACCCGCCGCCGCACACAGCAUCCCAGGUCAGACUCGCGGACCAUCCGCCCAUCGAGCUGACCGUCGAGCACAUCAAGAAGACCAUCAAGGACUUUUGUGAUGCGGCCAAGACGGCCAUGGACGUGGGCUUCGAUGGCGUCGAGCUCCACGGCGGCAAUGGCUACCUGCCUGAGCAGUUCCUGAGUUCCAACUCUAACAAGCGCAACGACCAGUAUGGCGGCUCGCCAGAGAAGCGAUGUACCUUCGUCAUCGAGCUGAUGGAGGCUCUCGCCAAGACUGUUGGCGAAGAUAACCUGGCCAUACGCCUAACCCCCUUCGGUCUUUUCAACCAAGCUCGUGGAGAGCAGCGCGUUGAGACAUGGGGCCAUCUUUGCCGAGAGCUGAAGCAACGCCUCCCUCGCCUAUCCUACGUCAGCUUCGUAGUCCCACGCUACGAGCAGAUAUUCUCCGAGACCGAAAAGCAAAGUUUCCUGGACUCGUGGGGCCUGCCAAAUGUGGAUCUCGCCCUCUUCCGCGAGAUCUGGGGUGAAACGCCCUUCUUCUCCGCGGGCGGGUUCAACGAUACAAACGCCUGGGGCCAGGUGGAGAGCGGCCAGUGCGACGGCCUCCUCUUUGGGCGAUACUUCAUCAGCAACCCAGAUCUGGUGGAUAGGCUGCGCAACGGCCUACCACUUGCAAUGUACGAUCGCUCGCGCUUCUAUGGGCCUUUCGAGGACCCGACGAUUGGAUACACGGACUACCCGACAUAUGCGGAGGGCAAGGAGGGGCGUUGA